GAGGAAAUUUUAUAUGCAAUGUGUGUAUUAUCCACAUGUAAAUUCUUCUUUCGUGGCAACGUUAUGGCAUAUAUUUUAACAUUGAAAUUAAUAAAUAUUAAAUAAUAAAAUAUUCAAAAAAUGCAAAAUUUUCAAAUAUGAUAUUUAAAUAUAAUCUAAUACAAUUACAUCUUUCAGUUAUAUAAAACGUAUGCUUUUAUUUGAAAUUUCUUCGAGCUUUUCGACGAAGUUAAUAAAUGAAUCAAUAGCAAAUAUGUGUGUCAAAAUAAAUUUUACAAAUGUAUUUUAAAAUACCAAAAAUACCAAAAAUAUCUUCGCGUACGGAGCACAAAGUUAUUCCUUUUGUAUAUACAUAUCAGAAAAUAUUCUCUUUCUACAGUAAUAUUCAGUUCAUACAUGAAAUUAUCGUUAUCGUGUAAAAUCUAGUAUAUUACUGGCCAAUUCUGCGUAAAUAUGGUAGGAAAUAAAAACGUUUAUAGUUCCUAGAUUCGAUCGAAAAUAACGGGACAAUCUUUUGAAACUGAUGAAUUGAAGAUAAAAAAAAAAGAAAGUAAAAUUCAGAGCAUAAUAUUAAGAUUUUGCACUUCGCAACGACAGAUUCUUAAAUUAGCCAAGAGUUCCGUUAACCUCGAUCUCGCUGACCUGAAUAUAAUAACUGCAUUAGUCGAACAACUUAAACUGUUGCGCAUGUCGCUGAAAUUCACAUCUUUCAGUUUUGCAUAUUUACUUCCGAAAUUGUUCGACAAUUAUGCGAAAUUAGGAACUGUGAUCCUUGCAGGUAUCACGGUGUUCCCUUUGCACUGUUUCGUGAUUUCCUACAGAAGAGAAAAUCAACGGCAAUACGAAUUAAAAGCAGCUACAGACUCCGACUGUAAAAUGUGGAUCGAUGCUAUACGAGAAGCUAGUUUCAACAAAUUGCGAUUGCAAAAGGAAGAGCUCGAGCAAAAGCAUCUACACCUGUUGCAGAUUGUUGAGAGCGAGAAGACAGCUAAGUGGCAGUAUACACAGCAAUGCGAGGAGCUCAUGUCAGAAAUAAAGAAGCUCCGAGCAGAAUUGUGUGCCUUGAAAAAGGAGUUGAGGCCUGCAGCUUCGUCAUACACAAGCAAGCCGAAAGUUCAAAGGACCAUGUCCCAAGGUACUGGCAGUUUAUACAUGUCAGGAUCUCUUUUUGGGUCCGAUGAACACGAUUCGGUAGUUACGUCGUUUGGACUACGAAAUAUUACCGAGACCGAGAUGCAGAAAAUUAAAAAGGUUCAAAGCUUCUUGAGAGGAUGGCUGUGCCGCAGGCGCUGGAAACAGAUCGUCGAGCAAUACAUUAAAAGCCCUCAUGCUGAGAGUAUGCGCAAGCGGAACAGCUUAGUGUUUCAAAUGGUGGAAACUGAAGAAGAAUAUACAGAACAAAUGGAGAUAUUAGUAAGCUGUUUCUUGAGGCCUUUUAAGAUGGCCGCUAGUUCAAAGAAACCCCCUUGUAGCCACGAGGAUGUGAAUAGCAUAUUUUUGAAUAGCGAAACAGUAUUAUUCCUUCACCAGAUCUUCCUAAAAGGUCUCAUUUCUCGUAUGGAGAACUGGCCUACUUUAGUUUUAGGAGAUUUGUUCGAUAUGUUACUGCCAAUGUUAUCAAUUUAUCAAGAAUACGUCAGAAACCAUCAUUACAGUCUUCAAGUGUUAACUGAAUGCAAGCAAUCAUCACCUGCAUUCGCUGCAAUGCUUAUUAGAUUGGAGAACAAGAUCUCUUGCGGAGGACGUUCACUGGAGACCUUUUUAACGUAUCCUAUGCAUCAGAUUCCAAGAUAUAUUAUUACACUGCACGAAUUAUUGGCGCAUACUCCCCACGAUCACGUUGAACGGAAAAGUUUAGAAAACGCGAGGCAACAAUUGGAACAUUUAUCGAGACAAAUGCACGACGAGGUCAGUGAAACAGAAAACUUACGAAAAAAUUUGGCCGUAGAACGAAUGAUCGUGGAAGGCUGUGAUAUUUUACUCGAUGUCAAUCAAGUAUUUGUAAGACAGGGUACUCUCAUUCAAAUAUUAGACAAGCCAAGAGGAGCACGUAGUAGAUUUAGCGCGACAUUCGGUGGGAAAAGUAGUGAUAAGGAAGCAGUCAGACAGUGCUUCCUCUUUUCCAAACACUUGUUAUUAACGACACGUCAAUCGGGCGACGACGGUCGUCUGAAUCUUAUUCCACAAGUCGGGAAAAUACCACUUUCCGAUGCAGUGUUAGUGGAAGACCCUAACGAACAGAGCAUUGCGGAUGAUGACGAGCUGUCAAUGUGUUCGAUAUCCAGUGGUGUAAGUGAAAGUAGCGGGAUUGGUAGUGCAAGUGUCAAUACACAACUGCAGAACCGUGACUUCAAAAUUAUAUUCGAUGUAAAAUCCGGCGGACCUCAAUUUACCGUGCACCUCGUAGCUCCUACUAUUCAGGAGAAAGCUGCUUGGAUAAGCGAUAUCAGUCACUGUAUGGACAACGUUCAUUUGAACGAUUUACUUCAAGGCUUGUGGUCGGACACUAGUUCUGUCACAAUGCCUGAAGCUAUCGAAAACGACCCGAAAUUAUUCAAUGACGACGUGGAUAUCAAGUUCAGUAAGACUUUAAAUUCCUGCAAGAUCCCGCAAGUUCGAUUAGCCACACCUGAACGUCUACUUCAACGUCUGAUGGAUCUGAGAUUCCUCAGUAUCGAUUAUCUCAAUACGUUUCUGAUAACUUAUCGAGUGUUCAUCGAUAGUGUCACUGUGUUAGAAACCUUGAAGAAAGCGCUUUAUGAGGCUGAGCCACCGGAUGUUGAGAUGCCCAUUGGUUCUCUCGUAUCUUUAGACGCCUUGGGUGGAAACACGACAGACUCGCAACUGCAGAUGGACGAUAAGAAACGAAGCAUCCUUUUACCACGAAAAGCUAGUGGAGCUAGUUCAGUUUCUGGAUAUGGAUCCGAAAUAAGUGAAAGUCAUGAAACAAAAAGUCAUGGUUCCGGUGAUUCUAGCAGCGGUGGACAUACACUUAAUUCAAAGGGAUAUUGGCGCAGUGGUGGAUAUAAAAAAGUAGAUGAAGAGCAACAAUUAAGCUUGAUUUCGGAGACACCUUCAAUUAUGAAACGAAGUCCUACUAUACAAUCGUGUACUGCGUCCGUUGGUUCUCAAUCCCCGGCAGUGCCACGAAAAAUCAACAUUUGCGUGGACAAAGAAAAGAAAGAAGAAGACGAUGGCCGUCAUUUAACAGUACCAAAAGUCAUUGCUGUUUCGUCGAGCUCUGAGACUCUUACGGAUAAUACGAUAAUGAGUGCACCUUCCUCGCCAAGCAACCUUAGUUCCGUUACACUGGUUGGAUCAACUGGUUCCGGAUUAGAUCGCAGUCCACAAGAUGGUACUUAUCGAUCUGUUUCCAAAGAAACGGACACACCAGUGGCAACUGGUCUCCCAAAAGAAGACGGGCAAUUUACUUACGAGCAUCUCGAGUCUGAAGCAUCGACAGAAACAGAGGAGAAAACGCCCACAGAAAGUCCUGUAACGCCAAAGGCGAAAUCCGCUGAAAUAACCGAAAGUAAAACAAGCAAAGAAGAGAGAGAGAAACAACCAGCAAAAGAACCUGAAAGUGACAGUCCAUCUGUGCAGACUCCUCAAAAAUCAACGCAAAAUCAACAGAAUCAACAAAGAUACCAACAUAGAGCAUCCAUUGUCUCUGCUCCUGCGGCUACUGCAAGAAGUAGUUCAAUCUCUACGAUAACUGGAGUAUGUCGAAAAAUGGUUUCUUUAAUAUUUAAU